GGGUUUUCGUAUCCGUGCGGUGGCCUAGCGACAGCAUCGGCCCUCUUUCGACCCACGCCACUUGUAAAUCCCAGUGGAAGUUCCCCCUGAGGCCAUGGCCCUGAACGAGCAGUGCCAGCAGCUGGAGGCGGAGUACCGCCGCGGCCUGGAGACCCUGCGCUGCGUGGAGGACGAGAUCCGCGUGCUGCACUGCCAAAUCAUGAAGCAGUCCGAGUUCAGCUACCGCAUGGCGAGCGUGCUGGGCAGCUACGUGAGCAAGGCCUCGGAGGACCCGGCCACGCUGGCGGCCAUGAUCGCCGACCCCGCCUUCGAGGGCCUCAUGAAGCUGGCCAUGGAGACCAUCGUGCAGGUGGGCAAGCGAGGCCUGACCAAGAAAUCGGAAGAGGACGGCCGGUUCAUCAUGUCGCUGCUGGGCGUGCUGUCCAACGUGGCCAGGGACGAAGGGGGCAGGCGGUACCUCCUGCAGCCCCGGUGCCAGGACAUGGUGGACCGCCUCGUGCAACUGCUGCUGUCCCCGUCCAGGCAGUUCCGAGACGACGAGUUCGAGGCCUGCUCCUUCAAGGACUACUUGAAGCUGAGCGCAAUGCAGAUCCUGAGCUCCCUGGGCGAGGACGCGCAAGGCGCGGCCCAGCUCAGCACGGCGGAGGACGUGUUCGCUGCCAUCAGGGGCGCCGUGCGCACGGACACCUGGAACCCCAUCAGGAAGCCAGCCCUGCGACUGCUGCAGAGGCUGCUGGACUGCCUGACGGAGCAGCGGGCGUUCGCGCGGGCCACCCAGGCGCUGGGCCCGCUGGACUACUACCGGAACCUGCAGAUGUGCGCGGACGAGGAGCUCAAGGCCGCGGCCGAGGGGGUCGUCAAGAGCCUGGACGAGGCGCAGGCCCGCUUCACGAGCCCCCAGCAGGGGGACACCGGGGCCGACCUCCCCGCCACCCUCUGAGGUCGCCUCCAGUCGGCAUCCGGCCACUCGCUCCGUGCGCGGAGUAGCGCAAUAAACCCACCUCUCUAGGCCACACAA